AUGCAAACUGUAGAACAGCAACGACGUUUGAUUGACGCCAAUCGGCGAAUGAUUCAUGAUCGUGAGUUACGUGGGAAUCGUGUCGAUAAUGCACCUAUACGUUUAGCUGUCCUCAGGAAUGAGAUACUGUUUGAGGAACGUGAAAUGGCUCGUUUAAAAAUGAUAGAACGUGAAACACAGGAAGCAGCAGCUCGUCGAAGGAUUGCUGAAAGGCAAUUGAGUGAUUUGCAGAUUAGUUAUACGUCACAGGAACAACAUUUAAGAAGUGUGAUUUCUAAGAUUACUUCCUUACAGGCACAGUUGGAUAUAUUACGUCGUCGUCGGUUGAUAGCAUUAAAUGCCGCUCGGGAACAGCAACAGAAAUUGAUGAACUCGCAACUGAGGCCUACAAGCGUCGAUACUACGCAAACAUUAUCUAUAAUGUCAUCAUCAUCAGUUGCAGCAUCAAACAGUGAUAUCAUUUUACGAAAUGAUACUAAUGGAUCGAAAUCUCUCACAUUAACUUCCCAGAAUUCAGCACCUCAUAUUAGGCGAAUGGAUUUUCUAGGAAAUGACAUUGGAAUAUUGCAGCAGAUUCCACCUACCUCAGAUUCUGGAAGGUUAAGACAUCCUUCUGUUGAUUUGCCCUAUCGACCAAGAGCGUCUAUUGAACCUUUUCAAAUUACUCAGUCAAAAUCUCUCGUGGAUACCAAAUCUGAGCUGUCUUCAAGCUGUCCUCCUCAGCUCCUAAAUAAAUCAUUCAGCGUUUCUACGUUUGCAAGAGACAAAGCAAAUUUUACCUAUGUGGAUCGUAAUAGUUCACCUUCACCACCGAAAGAUCCAUAUCCAACAGUUGAAAAUACAUUUAAUAAUGAAAGAGCAAAACUGGAGGAGAAGACGUUCGAUGCAGUUGAUCACCUAAGUAAAAAAUUAUCAUCGUCUACAUCUGAAAUAGUGGAAAAGCUUGUGCCGCAAGAACAGAAGAAUAUCAUUAUGAAGUCGAAUAGUACUGCAGUAAUGCAAGAUGAACAGUUACCGUCAAAGACAGUCGAUAGUACGAAACUAACGGGAGCAGAUCAAAUCUCUAUACGACCCGAUACAUUACGUGCUGCAAAGAGAAGAUCCUGGGCUCUUCAAGAUGGUGCAUCAUGCGAUGAAACGGAAUACAUCCGGAAGAUUUUACUUGACGAACAGAAAAAGGGUCGUACUCAUUUAUUGGUCGGAUGUAAUAUUGGCAAUCUUUUUGCCGUUGCAAACAAGAGUGCAACUGCAAUAAGCAAACCGGAAAUAAUUCAUGAAGAAGAAAAGGAAACUGUGGAAGAUACUACGACAACACCUCCCGAAUAUGUAUGUGAACUUCUUAUGAAGGAUACUCAACUUGAUGAAUUACCAGUUGAAAUUGACGAAGUGGAAGAAUAUGGGCAAGAAAAGGUGUCUGUUAAUAAGGAAGAUGUUGGAGAAGUAAUUAAUGGAAUGGAAGUGAAAAAUAAAACAUCGGGUAUUGCAGAACUUAUCAAGCCAUUACCGAAGAAGGGUAUUCUUCGUCUCAGCAAAGUUAAAAAAGUUCCAAGAACAGUGGUUUUCGAUCCGCUUGCAUUAUUAUUAGAUGCAGCUCUCGAAGGUGAAAUGGAUCUGGUGAAAGCAAGUGCCGCAAAGUUGCCAAAUAUAUCAGCUUGUAAUGAUGAAGGGAUUACAGCGCUGCAUAAUGCAAUUUGUGCUGGUCAUUAUGAGAUUGUGCGUUAUUUGGUGGAUUCGUUUGCUGAUGUAAAUGCGCAAGAUUCAGAUGGCUGGACACCAUUACAUUGUGCUGCGUCAUGCAACAAUUUGCCAAUGGUAAAGUUACUGGUGGAAAAUGGUGCGUGCAUUUUUGCACAAACAUUAUCAGACCUGGAAACACCAGUUGAAAAAUGUGAGGAAGAUGAAGAUGGUUAUGAAGGUUGUCAGCUCUAUCUCAAAGCUGCUGACCAGGAAGCUGGAGUUGUGAAUGAUGGAUUAAUGUAUGCAGCAUAUGAUUAUGAUAAAGAACAAGAAGAUGAAUUAAGCUUUCCGGUUGGUGCAUGUUUGCGGGUAUUGGAAAAAGGUGUCGAUGGUAGGACAUGGUGGCUUUGUGAGAUUACAACGGCACAUUGUGCUAUCAGAAAUGAGACAUCUAAACGAGGCUUGGUACCACGAAAUUACUUAUCACUCUAUCCAAGCUUAUCAAAACGAAAUACUGAUUUCAAAAUGUUUGAUUUACCGCAAUUACCUAAAAUUCAUGAUUCAAAAAAAGAUAAUACGAAUGACAAAGAAUGGCGAAGGAGUAAUUCAAUGAAUGAAAAAAUUGCUGGGGAAAAUAUUGAAGGGACAAUUGUUGAGCAAUCAAUACCAAUUUCAGUUUCAUAG